AUGCCUUCUUACGUGGUUGUCGGCGCUUCUCGUGGCAUCGGAUUUGGUCUGGUCAAGGAGCUUGCAGCCGAUAAGAACAACACCGUCGUCGGCCUUGUACGCAACGUCGAGGCUUCCAAGGCCAAGUUUGCCGCUGAGAUCCCGGGCGCCAACAUUCAUACCGUCUAUGCCGACCUGGCCAACCGGAAAUCGCUCGAGACUGCCGCUGCUGAGACGGCGGCCAUCACCGGCGGCGCGGUCGACGUCUUCAUUGCCAAUGCUGCCAUUGGCAUCCCUGUCAACCGCUUUCUGACGGACGAAGUCACCUCGGACCCAGAGCUGUUUGAGAAGAACAUGGACCUGACGUUCCGCAUCAACGUCGUCGGCACCAUCGAGUCGGUUGCUUUCUUCGCGCCCCUCGUCGAGAAGAGCACGCUCAAGAAGAUUGUCGUCGUCUCCUCGGGCGCCGGCGACAUUGACUUUAUCCUCCAGUCCGGCAUGGACAUGCAGAGCCCCUACGCCAUCAGCAAGGCGGCUCUCAACAUGGCCGUCGCCAAGUUCCACCUCGAGUACAAGCCAAAGGGUGUCCUGGUCUUUGCCAUCUCGCCCGGCUUGGUCGACACGGAGUUUGCCACGGACCCGAACAAGCCUCUCACCGAGGCAGAUGUGGCGAACAAGAACGAGGCCAUGGGGCGCAUUGUCGGCCUGUUCAAGGCGUACGCGCCGCACUGGGAGCCUGUGAUGCUGACGCCCACGCAGUCGGCGCAAGCCGUGAUCAAAGUUAUUGGGGACGCCACCAUUGCAAAGGAGGGCGGUAAGAUGGUUUCGCACCACGGCACGCAGGAGUGGCUUUAA